GUAAUGAAAACUACGUUGGCAAAAAGAAAAUUCUUACAAAUGAGUGAGACAAAAAACAAAAUUAAUGAAAAGCGCACAUACUUAAAAUCGGGCCGAUCUUACCACCGUUUAGUACUCCACAAGUCUAGUUGAAAAGAAUAAUUGAAAGUUCCCUUUUGGAAAGAUCCUUAAAGUAACAAGCAAAUAACUUAAAAAUCUUAAUAAAAAAAUUGUGUACACGUUUUUUUUCUUUUAGUUUUUUUGAUUUUUUUUAUUGUUGUUUUGGCUUGUUUAUGUAAAAACGAUCGUUUCGAGCCAUCAGGGCAGGUGUGUGUAUCUAUAAACUAAAUGUUUGGCUAUGCCGAAGAGUUAAUUAACGAAGUAAAACGAGAGCGGGAGACUACAAAAGAGAAGAAUUCGAAGUCUCCCUCUUACUUUGUGCUUAAAAUGUAAAAAAUAAAAAAGGAAAAAAAAUUAAAAUCUGGUAAAAAAAUGCCAUUUAAAUUAGUUAAAAAUGAAAUACGAUAAAAAAGUCAAGGUUUCAAAUUUCCAAUAAUUAUAUUUAAAAUAAAAGGUAAAUAAAUAAUAAUCAAAUAUUUUAGUAGUUUUAAAACAGAUUAAUACCAAAAAAAUAUGGAAGAACUGGAACGGCGGCAUUUAUUUUCUUCCACGUUUAAUUAUUCAAUGAAACAUAUUUGGAUUACGUUUACCGCCAUACUGGCAUUAAUCAACAGCUGCCAUUGCUUAGAUGGACCACAAACACAGCCGCCUAGAUUUACAACACAACCUUCGUCAUCCGGAUCUAUAGUUAGCGAAGGACGCACAAAAAUUCUUCAGUGUCAUGCCUUAGGAUAUCCACAACCCACAUACCGUUGGUUAAAGAAUGGUAUACCCAUUGGUGAUUUUUCAUCCAGUCAAUAUCUGCGCAUACUGAAUACACAACGGGAGGAUGCCGGUAGUUAUAAAUGCAUUGCCAAGAACGAUGCCGGUUCAAUAUUUAGCGAAAAAAUUGAUGUUAUCGUUGCUUAUAUGGGUAUUUUCAAUAAUAACUCUGAAGGUCGUUUAACAGUUACUUCUGGCCAUCCGGUCAUAUUCGAAAUGCCUGCUAUCGAUUCAGCGCCCGCACCCUCAGUAAUGUGGCAAACUAAAGAGGGUCCUCUUAAUUAUGAUAUUAAAUAUGCUUUUACGAAAACGAAUCAAUUGAUAAUACUUAGCGCUGAUGAAGUUGACCGUAAGGCAUAUCGUGCACGUGCCAUAAAUACCCAAUUGGGUAAAGAGGAAAACAGUGCCUUUAUAUACUUGAACGUUACCGGAGAUCCUUACGUGGAGGUGCCGCCGGAAAUAAUUAUAUUUCCGGAGAAUAUGAAAUUGAGACGAGGCGAACAGGUAGCUGUACUGCAAUGCAUUGCGAAUGCCCGUCCGUUGCAUGAAUUAGAAACUAUUUGGCUUAAGGACGGUAUACCAAUUGAAAAUGCUGAAAUUGCUCAUACGCUUAAUGAUCCAUGGAAUCGGUCUUUGGCUUUAUUAUCUGUAAAUCUAACACAUUCCGGGGAGUAUACAUGUCAGGUGCGUUUGCGUAGCGGUGGUUAUAAAGUUAUAAGUUCAUCAGCAAAACUUGAAAUUCUUGAACCACCAUCAUUUUUUACGCUAAUGCGCCAAGAGACUUAUGGUGAAUUGGGUGCAUUAGUAACAUUGCCUUGUGAUGUAGUUGGGGAACCUCAGCCGUAUGUUACUUGGUUCAAAAACAGUGAAUUAAUUGAUGCAAACAAUGAAAAAUAUUCGCUUAGUGAAGACAAUUCCUUGCAAAUAAAAAAACUGUCACCGCAAGAUUCGUCAAUGUUUCAAUGUUUGGCUGUUAAUGAAGCUGGUGAGAAAUCAGCUUACACAUGGUUGCGCGUAAAAACUACUGCGCCAGUCUUGGAACAACCACCACAAAACGUUACCGCAUUAGAUGGUAAAGAUGCUACCAUAACAUGUCGGGCUGUUGGCGCACCGAACCCUAACAUUACAUGGAUUUACAAUGAGACACAAUUGGUUGAAAUUUCAAGUCGAGUACAAAUCUUGGAUUCCGGAGACUUAUUAAUAUCGAAUGUACGUGAAUCAGAUGCUGGCCUCUAUACUUGUGUUCGUUCGAACGAGGCCGGCACUGUCAAUGGUGAAGCAUUUCUUGGUGUGCUGGUGCGAACACAAAUUAUUCACCCACCAGUUGACGCCACCGUAUUGCUGGGAUUAACCGCGUCGCUGCAGUGUACAGUUUCUAGUGAUCCAACGGUGCCCUAUAAUAUUGAUUGGUAUCGCGAAGGUCACCGCACAGCCAUUAGCAAUUCACAGCGAAUUGGUGUACAAUCAGAUGGUACUCUAGAGAUACAAGCGGUGCGUGCCUCUGACGUUGGCACCUAUUCAUGCGUUGUAACGUCGCCAGGUGGCAAUGAAACUCGUUCCGCUCGUUUAAGUGUCAUUGAGCUACCAUUUCCACCGACUAACGUAAAAGCAACGCGUUUGGAGUCACUCGAUCAAAGGGCCAUAAAUAUCUCGUGGACACCAGGUUUCGAUGGCAACAGUCCAAUUUCAAAGUUCAUCAUACAGCGCCGUGAAGUAUCCGAAUUAGAAAAAUUCGUAGGUCCUGUACCUGAUCCAUUGCUUAAUUGGAUUACGGAGUUAAGUAAUGUUUCAUCGGAGCAACGUUGGAUCUUAUUGCGAAAUUUAAAGGCCGCUACAGUUUAUCAAUUUCGUGUCAGUGCCGUAAAUCAAGUCGGGGAAGGCUCACCUUCAGAUCCCAGCAAUAUCGUUGAAUUGCCCCAAGAAGCUCCGUCUGGACCACCGGUAGGAUUCGUUGGCUCAGCUCGUUCACAAUCGGAAAUUAUCACUCAAUGGCAACCUCCUCUGGAGGAACAUCGCAAUGGUCAAAUAUUAGGUUAUAUAAUUCGAUACCGUCUGUUCGGUUACAACAAUGUACCCUGGAUGUAUCAAAACAUAACUAAUGAAGCUCAGCGUAAUUAUUUGAUACAAGAAUUGAUUACGUGGAAGGAUUAUGUAGUGCAAAUUGCUGCCUAUAAUGACAUGGGUGUGGGCGUCUACACCGAAGGUGCUAAAAUUAAAACAAAAGAAGGUGUACCAGAGGCUCCGCCUACAAAUGUAAAAGUUGUCCCCAUAAAUUCAACAUCGGUGAGAGUUACCUGGACCCCGCCAAAUCCUCAACAAAUAAAUGGUAUCAACCAAGGUUAUAAAAUACAAGCUUGGCGUUAUCAAAUGAUAGACGAUGAACAGCGCGAAUUUGAAGAGCGCAUGAUUACAGUGCCGCCCAGUCUAAUUGAUCCUGUGGCUGAGCAAGCGGCCGUUUUAACUGGACUCGAAAAGUUUAAAGAUUAUAAUAUAACUGUGCUUUGCUUCACAGAUCCCGGGGAUGGUGUAAGAAGUUACAGAAUAGCUGUUAAAACAAAAGAAGAUAUUCCUGAUGAAAUUACUGCUUUGCAUUUCGAUGAAGUCUCUGAUAGGUCAGUUAAGGUUUUGUGGGCUCCUCCCAAGAAUUUGAAUGGCUUAUUAACAGGCUAUACGGUUCGUUACCAAAUGAAAGAUAGACCGGAAAGCAUGAAAUCAGUUAAUUUAACAGCUGAUGACACUCAGUUGAUAGUGACGCAACUGCAAGCGACAACUCAUUACUGGUUUGAAAUAAGAGCUUGGACUCGUAUUGGUGGUGGACCUCCAAAAACUGCCACUAUACAAUCAGGCGUGGAACCUGUCCUGCCUGAGCCACCUACUAAUCUGGCUUUAUCAAACAUUGAAGCUUUCUCAGUGGUACUACAAUUUACUCCUGGCUUUGAUGGUAAUUCCUCAAUAACCAAAUGGAAAGUGGAAGCACAAACAGCUCGAAAUUUAACAUGGUUUACCGUAUGCGAAAUAUCGGAUCCUGACGCUGAGACUUUAACCGUGACAGGUCUGACGCCUUUCACGCAAUAUCGAUUGCGUUUAAGCGCUACCAAUGUGGUAGGUGCAUCUAAGCCCUCCGAACCCACCAAGGAUUUUCAAACGAUUCAAGCUCGUCCAAUGCAUCCCCCUUUUAAUGUAACGGUCAGAGCUAUGAGUGCUACGCAGCUAAGAGUGCGCUGGAUACCUUUGCAACAAAGGGAAUGGUUUGGGAAUCCUCGAGGCUAUAACAUUACUUUUCGUCAAAUGGAAAGUGAUAACAAAGUAGCUCCUAAAAGUGUCCUAAUCGAAGAUCACACCGCCAAUUCCCACGUUCUGGAGACUCUCGAGGAAUGGACAAUAUAUGAAGUACUUAUGAAUGCUUGGAAUGAUGUAGGGUGUUCAAAGGACAGCGCUACAGCCGUUGAACGAACCAGAGAAGCUGUACCGUCUUAUGGACCUUUAGACGUACAAGCCAAUGCUACGUCUUCCACAACUAUAGUAGUACGUUGGGGCGAAGUUCCGAAGCAACACAGAAAUGGUCAAAUUGACGGCUAUAAAGUUUUCUACGCUGCUACAAGCAGAGGAGGUCAGGUUUUGCAUAAAAGCAUUUCAAGUAAUAGCUCAUUUACUACCACGUUAACAGAGCUCAAAAAAUUCGUCAUUUAUCACAUUCAAGUAAUGGCUUUUACACGUUUAGGUGAUGGAGCUCUCAGUACGCCACCGGUACGAGUGCAAACCUUCGAAGACACGCCAGGUGCUCCUUCUAAUGUUAGCUUUCCCGAUGUUUCGUUUUCAACUGCCCGCAUUAUAUGGGAUGUACCUGAUGAUCCCAAUGGCGAAAUUCUAGCAUAUCAAGUUACUUAUUCCCUAAAUGGAAGCACAAACCUAAAUUAUAGUCGAGAAUUUUCACCAUCUGAUCGUACAUUUCGAGCUGCACAACUUUUAGCUGAACGUUAUUAUACUUUCAGUGUAACGGCCCAAACGAGAUUGGGAUGGGGUAAGACUGCCUCCGUGUUAGUGUACACGACCAAUAAUAGAGAACGACCCCAGCCACCCUCAAUGCCUCAAAUAUCGCGCAGUCAAAUUCAGGCUCAUCAAAUUACAUUUAGCUGGACACCGGGUAGAGACGGUUUUGCUCCACUACGUUAUUAUACAGUACAACUGCGAGAAAACGAUGGACCUUGGUUCUUACUUCCAGAACGUGUAGAUCCUACUUUAACUUCAUAUACAGCUACAAAUUUAAAACCUCAUACUACAUACCAAUUUCGUUUACAAGCAACUAAUGACUUGGGACCAUCCUCUUUUAGCCGUGAAAGCAUUAUAGUACGCACACUUCCUGCGGCGCCUUCUGUAGCUGUUUCGAAUCUGAAAGUUGUACCCAUUACCACAACUUCGGUACGCGUACAGUGGAAUGCUUUAGAAACUUCUAUGUGGAAUGGUGACGCUGCUACAGGGGGUUAUCGUAUUCUAUAUCAACAGCUCUCGGAUUUUCCAACAGCGUUGCAAGCGACACCAAAAACUGAUGUAAUGGGUAUAAACGUAAAUUCAGUAGUCCUCUCAGACCUACAACAAGAUCGAAAUUAUGAAAUUGUCGUUUUGCCGUUUAACUCACAAGGCCCAGGACCGGCUACGCCACCAGUUGCAGUUUACGUGGGAGAAGCUGUUCCGACGGGUGAGCCACGCGCAGUAGAUGCUGCUCCUAUAUCCAGCACUGAAGUGCGUUUACGCUGGAAACCGCCCAAACAAAGUAUGCAGAAUGGCGAUCUACUGGGCUACAAAAUAUUCUACUUGGUUACAGAUUCUCCUCAAGAACUGGAGGACGGCAGAAAGUGGGAAGAGGAAACGGAAGUCGUGUCUGCCACGGCUACUUCACAUAGUCUAGUGUUUUUGGAUAAAUUUACUGAAUAUCGUAUACAAAUUUUGGCAUUUAACCCAGCCGGUGAUGGUCCACGCUCGCUUCCAAUUACAGUUAAAACGCUACAAGGUUUACCUAGUGCUCCGCAAAAUUUGAGAUUCGAAGAUAUAACCAUGCAAAGUCUAAAGGUAUCGUGGGACGUACCGAAAUUUCGUAAUGGCGAAAUAUUAGGCUAUUUAGUAACUUAUGAAACUACCGAAGAAAAUGAAAAAUUUAGUAAACAAGUGAAGCAAAAAGUGUCCAGUACUAGUCUUCUAGUGCAAAAUUUAGAAGAAGAAGUCACCUACACAUUUACUGUUCGCGCCCAAACAAUUGAUUAUGGUCCCGCAGUAAGUGAAAACGUUACUACUGGCCCGCAAGAAGGAUCUCCUGUAGCGCCUAGAGAGCUGAUAUUAGCAAAGACUUUAUCCAGCGUCGAAAUGCAUUGGGUUAACGGUCCUUCGGGACGUGGGCCAAUCUUAGGUUAUUACAUUGAAGCCAAAAAGCGCGUAGAAAAAGGAGAACCGUCAUUCAUUUAUGAUUCGCGUUGGGAAACAAUUACGAAAACAACCACCGGAACCACACAAGACUUUACCGUGAGUUAUCAGAGUCUUUUGCCUUCCACUGCGUAUACAUUCCGUGUUAUAGCCUAUAAUCGUUUUGGCAUUUCAUUCCCUGUUUAUUCGAAAGACUCAAUACUAACAUCCUCCAAAUUACAUUUAGAAUAUGAUUAUUUGCAACAUAAACCGUUUUACCGGCAAACCUGGUUUAUGGUGGCUCUUGCCGCCACAUCCAUUGUCAUAAUUAUAAUGGUUAUAGCAGUGUUAUGUGUUAAAAGCAAAAGUUAUAAAUAUAAACAAGAAGCUCAAAAGACAUUAGAAGAAUCAAUGGCCAUGUCUGUAGAUGAGAGACAAGAGUUGGCUUUGGAAUUAUAUCGAUCGCGUCAUGGCGGUGGCACCGGUACUCUAAAUAGUGCGGGUACAUUAAAUAGAAGUACUUUGGGCACAAUGAGCAGGAAAGUUAACAGUCGGCCGCCAACCAAUGUACAACUGGGAAAAAGUCCACCAAGACCAUCGCCAGCAUCGGUAGCAUAUCAUAGUGAUGAAGAAAGCUUAAAAUGCUAUGACGAAAAUCCUGACGACAGCAGUGUUACAGAAAAACCUUCCGAAGUUAGCUCUUCAGAAGCUUCACAGCACUCGGAAAGCGAAAACGAGAGCGUACGCUCUGAUCCACAUUCCUUUGUUAAUCAUUACGCUAAUGUCAAUGACUCUUUACGCCAAUCGUGGAAAAAACAAAAACCAGUGCGCAAUUACUCGAGUUACACUGAUUCUGAACCAGAGGGCAGUGCAGUGAUGAGCCUCAAUGGCGGUCAAAUUAUUGUUAAUAAUAUGGCCAGAUCGAGAGCACCACUGCCUGGCUUCUCCUCCUUUGUCUGACAAUCAACGGAGUUCUAAACCUAGAUACUUAACAAAAACAACAAACGAAACGCUAAAAAAAAAAAAGAAAGAAAAUAAAUCAUUUAAGAUUAAUUUACAUACCAACACAAAAGGGAAACCCUCAUCAAAACCAUUUUGAAAUUGGUUAACUACAAAUGUCUGCCUAUUUAUUAAAAUAAAACACGUUUUAUUAUACUUCUUAAGAUUAACUAAGGUUUACUAGAAAAUUAAGGAAAUUGUGUAGCUUAAUGUAAUAGCUCCUAAGGUACCAGAAUGCAUUCAUUUCUAUACAAUUUGAUAGAAAAAUAUUUUUGAAACAUAUUUAAUUUUUUUGAAACCAAUCAUUCAUUAUAGCUUAAAUGUUGAAGUUUUUUUAGUGCGAAUCCAUGAAAAAAAACUAUAUGAAUUUUAGUAACAUACCUAAAUGCAUAUUCAAAAUUACAUAUCGUUAUCUAAAAACUAAAAAAGGCGUAAUCAAUAUAUUUUGCAGAUAAAAUACUUUUUAUGAAUUGUAGGGUGGAUAGAUGCCAUGUCGUUUUAUCAAAGUUUCUAAAUUUUAGUUCGGUCAACUAGAUAGAAAUCUAUCUAGAUCUUUUUUUGUAGGCCCACAGCAAGUAAUUAUUAUCAAUCGCCUAAAACCCAUACACAUAUAUAAUGCAUAAACCGAUGGAUGGAUUUGAAUGAACUAUCUAUAUAUUAAAAGCUCAGUUCAUAAUAUUUCCGUAUAGUAUACUUUCAAAUUUCCGAUCAAUUUCUGUCAUAGUUGAUUUCAAAUGAAGCAAAUAUAAAGUCUCCAUUAAUAGGUUCCCCCGUAUUCCGCUUUUAAUAGCUCGACGCUUUCGUCAGCCACACAACCCCAUUACGCCGUCGCAUUUAGGCGUAUAGCCAAUCACGAUUGACCGUUAAGUUCAGUCCUUGCUUGUAACAACACACACAAGGGCGGCCCCUUUGACCAACUGACGUGAAUUGCUGGGGACACGCGAAACGGGACAUAUUUAAACACGCAUUGAGCCAAAGGCGAGUUUUAUUGCCGAGAAUAAUUUAACGAUUGAAAUUGUUAUUUCCCAUGAAACGAGUUUUGAUGCACUAUAACUCACAUGAAAUUGGUGUCCGUUCUGUUUCAGUUCUCGAAUCAACCUUCUAUCAUACGCAUCCCAACUACAAAUCUUUAUCGAAAAUAUGUAACAAACUGCUUGCAUCGAUGUCUAGUUAUUUCGAAUCAUUCAUAAAUCAAUAAAUUUUGUUUAUCAUCAUACCCAGUGGCCAUUUUCAUGACUAUGCCUCAUUGGCACGAGAACAUUAAGUACUGUUUACCAUUUUAAAUCAUUUCACCUGAUACGUAACUGACCGGCUAUUCGAAAGGUUGAUGGGAACUAGAAACUUGACUUUAUUGAAAACAAAUUGUGUUAACAAAUUUAAUUUAAUUGGCGAUUGUUGCUGAACCAAACACCGCUCGCUGGUUAAGUUUCAAAGUUUAGUAGACCAUUCAAUAUUCACAAAAUUCCGUUCGCCAACGUUAUAGCUUCUUUAAUAUAUUCCCCUCUUAAAAAGUUGUGAUCAACCAAUUGAUAUGCCAAGGUUUAAACGUUAACGAUCGCAGAACAGGCAUGAAAAGCUAUAAAUUUUUUAAUUGAAGGACAAAAAUCGCACUGAUAAGUAUAUUUACGAACUGAUAAAAGCUAUUUUGUUGAUAUUUUCAAAUCCAACUUGUAUAAAGGUCACUUAUAAUCCAAACUUUUAUAAAAUUAGUUUGAUGGUUUCUAAGAUUUCUUUUCUCUUUAUCCUGAUUAUCUUACAUUAUUUCGAAAAUAGUACGGCAGUAAAAUAAUUGCACUUCUUAAGUAGGUUUAAAUUGGCGAGUAUUAAAAAUUUCCUAUAAAUUUAAAUGUAACUUUCUUCUUGUUUUUGCCGAAAUUUUCCUUGCGAAAGCCUAUUAUGCUUGGAUAUAAAUCAUUCUGAAAAUGGUAUUUUAGAGCACCAAAUUAUUGGACUGAGUAAAAUAAUCACAUGAAUCCAUUCAAAAUUGAUUUUUCUUUAGUGUAUGUCUGAUAUGGGAUUUCCGGGUGUUACGUGCGGAUUAACAACAUUAUUAUCAUUAAUACAUUAUUACUAUAUGCCCUUUCUGAAGUGGUGGAUAUUAAACCUCACAAAAUAUUUAUUUACGCCUUUUAUAAUUUUAGGUGACGAUGUACAGAAUGUGUACAUUUCACUCAUCUUAAGAUCUCCAAACUUAAAGGCGUCGUUACAUUUAAAUUUAAGUCAAGGUAGCUCGCUUUUUUUAUGUGGAUCAUUAUACAAAGGAAUUUAUUGGCGAAAUCAAAUAUAUAUGUAUAUAUGUAUUGAUUUUGUAUUAAAAAUUAGUAUCUUGAUGUUCAACCGAUGUCAUCUUAUCGAUAAAGCAAUUUAAGAAAAGCGACUUACAUAACACUUAGGUCCAGAGAACUAAACUUUAUUGUUAUUGUUCGUUCAUUCAUCUAUUUUCUAAUAACUUUUUAUCAAACUAAAUAAUUCAUAUUUUAUAAAAAUUAAUUUUUUUUCUAUUUAUUUUAAAGUUUAAACAUAUAAAUAUUUAAAUAUACUUUUUACGGAAUAUUGCUUUCAUAAAAAAUAUAUUUAUUAUUUUUUUACAACUAAUGUGCUUUUGUAAUGCCUUCGCUUAGGUGAAUUUUUUAUAGUUUAUUUUCUUAAAAAAGGCUGAUCUAAUCAGCUUAGAUUUCAUGAGUAUAUAUCUUAAGUAAAAUUAGUAACUUUCUAAAAUACAAUUCGAUUUAAUUCUGAUUAUCUCCCACUUGUAAAUGUAACUGAAUUUAUAUAGUAGUGUUUCUUCUUUUUUUUUUUUUUUUAAUUGACUGUAGGCCAUAUUAAGAAUGCAAUUGUUGCAACCGUUACAGUAUGAGUAGCUCAUACUUUACAUGGAUUUCUAUAAGAAAUGAACUCAUUAUAUGUAUUUAUUAAAGUUCUUUCAAUUAACUCAUAGAAAAGCGAAAACAUUGUCUAUAGACUGAUUACAUUUAUGUAUAUAAGUAUUUCUAUGUAUUAUAAUUAUUAUUACAAUUAUAGUUAUUAUUUUUUUUUUACUUUCUAAAGUGCAACUUUGGCUAAUUCUAGCAUAAUUUUCGUUUUUAUUUUCCAGGUUGCUCAAAUAUUAUAUUAUAUGUACACUUAUUUAUAACUUUAUUCUUAAAUCGAAAUUUUUUUUUUUUUUAAACCCACCACUGCAAGAUAACGAUAUACUCAGUUUGUUUUUUUUUUUUCGUAAUGCAUGUAACUUCCAAAAGAAAGCUUGAAAGACCCUAUGAAUUAUAUAUAUUCUUGAUCAGCGUGAAAUUGUGAGUUGAUUUAGCCAUGUCUGUCCGUCAAUGUGUCUGCGCGGUGUUUAUUGUUGGCAUUCCCCUGGUCGCAAAAAUGAAAAUCUCGACUUUAUAUUUGGUAGAAACAUUGAAUGUUUUUUCGCGCAAAUUGAUAAUGAAAAUGGGCCAAAUUGGCCAGAGCAGACGCCCGCAGUGGACCAUUAACUAAACGCAACUUCGUUUUUCUUAACAAACAUUUUCUAGAUUUUUGCUCGUUUCUCAAAAGUUAUAAAAGUUAGAAGGCUGACAUUUUUCAUACUUACUUUACGAAAGAGUCCGCUCUCUAUGUCCAAAAAAUGGGAAAAAUCGACUAUGCCCACGCAAAGUUACAAUUCAUUAAAUUUUAUUUUUUCACUUUUUUGAGGUUUUAUGCUUACAAACGCAAACAAGACAAAAUAU